UCGAAGAACAAAGAAAAGAAUAAGGGUGCCUUUUUCUUCUUCAAAACGAUCUAUUAUGUUAUAGAAACUUCUAACUCUAAAUAAAAGAAAAAGGAAAAGAAGAGGGGUCAAUCUCGGCCGAACAAAUCAGAAAAAACUCUUUCUUUUCUUUUUUUUUACUUAUAAUACAAAAUAUAUAAUAUAUAAAAAAGUUCGUAUAUGAUGUAUAUACAAUCCAUUUCAUUAUUCAUUGUAAUACAAUACUUCAGGGGAUUUCGUUUCAUUUAUCAUUUAGUUCAGUUUUAACUUAGGUUUUUUUGUCAUAUGGAAUAUAUAUAUAAAUUAUAUAAAUAGAAAUUAAAGAAAAGAAAUAAAGAAAGGAGUCUUUAUGUCGCGUUACCGAGGGCCUCGUUUCAAAAAAAUACGCCGUCUAGGGGCUUUACCUGGACUAACUAAUAAAAGGCCUAGAGCCGGAAGUGAUCUUAGAAACCAAUCACGUUCCGGGAAAAGAUCUCAAUAUCGUAUUCGUCUAGAAGAAAAACAAAAAUUGCGUUUUCAUUAUGGUAUUACAGAAAGACAAUUACUUAAAUAUGUCCGUAUCGCCAGAAAAGCCAAAGGGUCAACAGGUCAGGUUUUACUACAAUUACUUGAAAUGCGUUUGGAUAACAUACUUUUUCGAUUGGGUAUGGCUCCGACUAUUCCUGGAGCCCGCCAAUUAGUUAACCAUAGACAUAUUUUAGUUAAUGGCCGUAUAGUAGAUAUACCAAGUUAUCGUUGCAAACCUCAAGAUACUAUUAUGUCCAGGGAUGAACAAAAAUCCAGAGUUCUAAUUCAAAAUUCUCUUGAUUCAUCCCCCCGGGAGGAAUUGCCCAAACAUUUGACUCUUCAACCAUUCCCGUAUAAAGGAUUAGUCAAUCAAAUAAUAGAUAGUAAGUGGGUCGGUUUGAAAAUAAAUGAAUUACUAGUGGUAGAAUAUUAUUCUCGUCAGACCUAGCCCUAAAAAAAUCCGAAGCAAGGGGUUUGGACAAUUCGGCCCCUUUCUUCCGACAAAGUAAAAUGACUUAAGGUUUAAAGUCGGGGGUUUGAUACAUAUUUCUCCCAAUCAUAUAUUCUAUCCCAUCGUGAACUUUCCUAUUGAUGUAUCAUAGUCCACUCUUGAACAGUAUUUUACGUACCACAGCAAUUCGAAAUCGAAGAAAUAUAUAAAAAAUAGAAAUAGAAAGAAGGAUCUAACUCUUAUGUUCUAAUAAGAGUAUUUCUUGUUGUUUUAUUUGUUACAGUUAGGAAUGUUGGCAAAUUUAAUUAGGUUUUAGGUGAAAAUACGGAAAGAGAGGGAUUCGAACCCUCGGUAAACAAAAGCCUACAUAGCAGUUCCAAUGCUACACCUUCAACCACUCGGCCAUCUCUCCUACACACUGAUUAUGACUCAGAAACUGAAAAAAUAGCGAGCCAUGCCUAUGUUCAUAUUUCUAGUACUAUAUCUACUAUUCUCUACUAUUCGAUUUUGGUUUGGCUAGGUACGACUACGACCAACCCACCAAUACUAUAAACUAAUAGUUAAUAGUAUAACGAUAUAGUAAUAGACAAUUUUUUCUAAAAAAAUUUUUUCUCGCAAGUCUUUUCUUGUGAACGAAUCCAAUAAAUAAGAAAUAGUUGUAUAAGUCGUAGUAGAAAAUAUAUAUCUUUAUUGAAAUUUUUGGAAAUGAAUCCCUUUUUAUGUUAUUUUGUACUGUACAAACCCUUUGUUUGUGUAAUCAUUUUCCCAUAAGAGGGAAUGAGAAGAAUUUUAGAAUGGAUUGAUACCUAUGCCUAGAUCAAGGAUAAAUGGAAAUUUUAUUGAUAAGACCUUUUCAAUUGUGGCCAAUAUCUUAUUACGAAUAAUUC